GCGCGCCCCAGUCCAGCAGUAGCGGUGGCACGCGCAUCUCCACAGAGAGAGAAGACAGCAUCCGCAGAGCUCGAGACGCUCGAGAGCGAACCUGGAAUCACGCCAUGCACUCGCAUAGCGUGUGAUGUCGGUGAUGUUUUGGUAGGAACCUGCCGUAGGCUGCGGUGACGUUGCGCGAGGAGCAAUACCAGCACCAUGAAGCUGCUGUUUGUGGUGACACUCUUAUGGCGCGAGGCGUUGUGCGGAUCUCCGAGCGUCCAGAUCGGUGGUUUAUUCCCCAGAGGUGCAGAUCAGGAGUAUAGUGCAUUCAGAGUUGGCAUGGUUCAGUUUGGGAUGGCAGACUUCAGACUGACUCCACAUAUAGAUAACCUGGAGGUGGCCAAUAGCUUUGCUGUCACUAACUGCUUUUGUUCUCAGUUCUCUCGAGGUGUGUAUGCCAUAUUUGGCUUCUACGACAAGAAGUCCGUAAACACCAUCACAUCCUUCUGUGAGACACUCCAUGUCUCCUUCAUCACACCAUCUUUCCCGGCAGAAGGAAUGAAUCAGUUUGUUCUCCAGAUGAGGCCAGACAUCAAGGGGCCUCUGGUUUCAUUAGUGGAGUACUACAAAUGGGAGAAAUUUGCCUAUCUAUACGACAGUGACAGAGGUCUUUCUACUCUUCAGGUAAUACUGGACACAGCAGCUGAGAAAAAAUGGAUUGUUACAGCAAUAAAUGUCGGAAACCUGAAAGAUGAAAGGAAGGACGAAGCCUACCGCUCCCUGUUUCAGGACCUAGAGAUCCGUAAAGAGCGACGCAUCAUCCUGGACUGUGAACAAGACAAAGUCAAAGACAUCAUGGAACAGGUUAUCACCAUAGGCAAACAUGUAAAGGGAUAUCACUACAUCAUCGCCAACCUUGGUUUUGUAGAUGGUGACCUCUCUAAAAUCCAGUAUGGUGGAGCGAAUGUGUCUGGGUUUCAGAUAGUAGAUUUUGAUGAUCCUGUUGUGGCAAAGUUUGACCAACGAUGGGAGGCUCUGGAAGAGAAGGAGUAUCCUGGAGCUGAUACACGCAUCAGAUAUACCUCAGCCCUUACAUUUGAUGCUGUCCAUGUAAUGACUGAGGCAUUUCGCUUCCUGCAUAAGCAAAGAAUAGACAUGAGUCGUCGUGGCAACAAUGGGGACUGUCUUGCCAAUCCCGCAGUGCCCUGGGCACAAGGGGUGGAGAUUGAACGUGCCCUAAAACAGGUGCGAGUGGAUGGGUUGACAGGGAACAUUCAGUUUGACCAGUAUGGAAAGAGAAUCAACUACUCAGUAACAGUCAUGGAGCUAAAGAACAACGGGCCUGUAAAGAUUGGCUACUGGAAUGAGGUGGAUAAGAUGGUGGUGACAAAGUCAGACCUUUACCCCAAUGACACCAUGGGGAUGGAAAACAAGACUGUCAUUGUUUCAACUAUACUGGAAGCCCCCUACGUGAUGUUGAAGAAAAAUUCUGAGCUGUUUCAAGACAAUGACCGUUAUGAAGGUUACUGCGUUGACCUUGCUGCAGAGAUCGCAAAGCACUGUGGCAUACGCUAUCAGCUCAGGAUUGUGGGAGAUGGCAAAUACGGUGCAAGAGAUGCGGAAACUAAGAUCUGGAAUGGUAUGGUUGGAGAGCUGGUGUAUGGGAAAGCAGACAUAGCAGUGGCUCCCCUGACAAUCACUUUGGUUCGUGAAGAGGUGAUCGAUUUCUCCAAACCCUUCAUGUCUUUGGGAAUCUCCAUCAUGAUCAAAAAGCCACAGAAAUCAAAACCAGGAGUCUUCUCCUUUCUGGACCCACUGGCCUAUGAGAUCUGGAUGUGCAUUGUCUUUGCCUAUAUAGGAGUUAGUGUUGUACUCUUUCUGGUAUCCAGAUUCAGCCCCUAUGAGUGGACACUAGAGGAGCCAGAGGACGGAGCGUUGCCAUUAACAACUGAAUCCACCAAUGAGUUUGGGAUUUUUAACUCCCUUUGGUUCUCUUUGGGUGCUUUCAUGCGGCAAGGUUGUGACAUCUCACCAAGGUCCCUGUCAGGUCGUAUAGUAGGCGGUGUGUGGUGGUUUUUCACUCUGAUCAUAAUCUCAUCAUACACGGCCAACCUGGCUGCCUUUCUGACUGUGGAGAGGAUGGUUUCUCCCAUCGAGAGUGCUGAAGACCUGGCUAAACAGACAGAGAUUGCAUAUGGAACCCUGGACUCUGGAUCCACCAAGGAGUUCUUCAGGCGUUCAAAAAUCGCCUUGUUUGACAAGAUGUGGCAGUACAUGAAAUCAGCAGAACCUUCACCCUUCGUCAAGAAAACAUCAGAAGGUGUUCUCCGUGUGCGGAAGUCCAAAGGGAAGUAUGCUUACCUACUGGAGUCCACCAUGAAUGAAUACAUUGAGCAGAGGAAGCCCUGCGACACCAUGAAAGUGGGAGGAAACCUGGACUCCAAAGGCUACGGCAUCGCGACACCCAAAGGAUCCCCAUUAAGAAAUGCGGUGAACCUGGCGGUGUUAAAGUUGAACGAGCAGGGGCUGCUGGACAAACUGAAAAACAAGUGGUGGUAUGACAAGGGAGAAUGCGGCAGCGGAGGAGGGGAGAGCAAGGAGAAGACCAGUGCUCUGUCUCUUAGUAACGUAGCAGGUGUCUUCUACAUCCUGGUUGGAGGUCUGGGUCUGGCCAUGAUGGUAGCACUGGUAGAGUUCUGCUACAAGAGCCGGGCUGAAGCCAAGAAAAUGAAGAUGAAAUUCACAGAUGCAAUGCGCUCCAAAGCUCGUCUAUCCAUCACAGGAUCGACCAGUGAGAAUGGUCGUGUCCCGGUGGCUUACCUCCGUCCAGGAUUACCCAUGAGCCUCAGCAUGACUGACCUCUCCUGACCACACCCGAGUCAGUGCCUUACAGCCAGUCAAGACAUAUAUUCCUUCCCCUCUGAAAUGGAAAUGCUUGUCAUCUCCUUCUGAGACAAAUUACCACUCACCAAAGCUGAUCUGCCCUGACUUUCAAUCUGGAGUUUAACCAAUCAUAACUCUCUGAGGACUCUUGAUCUCGCUCUUUAACAUAUAGCCUAGAAAGACUGGACAGAUGUUGUCCUCCCAUCACUUGGCUGUCAGGCGUCAGCAAAGACCUGCCCACCUAUGGAGAAAAUCACUUGACCAUCAGCGAGUGAUGGCUGGUAAAUGUACAAUUUCAUGAAAAACAAGCACAGGGGACAGUUUUCUAAACAAACGUGCAUAAUUGCUCAGUACAUUUUUUUGCCAUGGAGACUAAUCUUGUAUAGACAAUUAGGACAGUGAUGCUGACAUUAACGCAAUAACAGCAUUAAUCAGGGAUGUGAUCAGGAAUCAUAGGCAGAAAACCAGAAUCUUGACUAUGUGCUACGAACAAAAACAAAUGUCCUGAAAAAUCACAUCAAUGAAAUUAUAGUAAUUGCUAGAGCAGUUAAUAAUAUGAUGUUAUUCCUAAUUGUUUUCCUUAAUUCUGCCUGAAAAUCCCUUAUUAGUAGAGUCUUUUAGUAGACCUGAGAAAUGCAUGGACUGACACACACACAUUAUAAGAACACAUGCGCCUUACACAGGGAUUGGCUAAAAACAAGAGUAUGUAUAUUGUCAACACUUCUAUUGGGCAGUGCAUCCACAACUUGUGAGCAUUACCUCAUCCAUUUAUCGGUGUCGAGGCUCUGGACUCAAAUUGUUAAGCUAAGUAUCAAUGUUAUCUGGAACAUUAGGAAUAUGAGAGUGGAGAGCACAGACAUCUACAGCUACAGCAGAACAUCUUUGUUUGGUAAAUAUUACCUGCUUAUUGUGUUACAUAACCGUAGGUUUAGUUAGUCUUUCUAUCACAAUCCUUAUUUUUUACUAUAUCUACUAUUGUUAAUAGUUGUACAUGUGAGAAAUACACUAUGAUAUUGACUGAAGUGAAAAAUAUGUGCUGUCGGGAAAUACAAAAGCAAAUUUUGCUUAUAAAGUGUUAGUCUGCUGUCGCCAAACGACUGUACAGUAAACCUGCAGUGUCGUGCAGGACAUGCAAGAAUCAUGGUUCCACACACGUGUGUGUGUGUGUGUGUGUGUGUGUGUGUGCGCGUGCGCGUGCGUGCGUGCGUGUGUGCGUGCGUGCGUGCAUGUGUGUGGAACCAUGAUUCGUGAAAUGAAUUUGUUGUCAUCGAUAAGAUAAUGCCACAUGAGGGUCCCUUUAAAUGUUUAUACUGCCUAUCCCUGUAUAUAGGUCAACAUACUAAUACAGUAAUGAAGACACAAAUACACAUCCCCAAUCACCUAUACAAUACAUCAGUACACAGACAUAUUUUAUACACAUUUAUUUGCACACACACAUACACAUACUGUUGUCUUGAGUUCGAAAGCCAACUGGAAGAUGUGCCAAACCGAUGGAGAACCAAUCAGAGCUUUCCUUCCUCAGCCGAUGGCAGCUGCUGAUACUGAAACCUGAGCCAAUAGGGAGCGCUCACUGCUGUGAGGUGGAAAAAACUGUGAACAGAAUCCUUUGUUUUAAUACAUAUACUGCACUGACGAUGACAACGAAGAGGAGGAUGAAGACGAGGAGGAUGAAGAAUGGAUGAAGAGAGUGUUUGCAUGUCACUUUUAGUUUUUUCUUUCAGAAGAACUUUUCAGCCUGAAGCUUUGCACCUGGCUGCAUUUUAGUGUUUAAUGAUGAUAGUUAUAAUAAUAUUAACAAUAUUAAUUGCAGUAUUAAUGUGAUUCUUGUUAUGUAUAGUGUAUGCUUUUAAUAAAUCAAGUCUGCUACUUUCUUUCACAAGGAAGCUGUUAUUUGUGCUGCUAGAUAGAAGCUAGCUGGUGUCUUGAAAGGCUUCUCCUUCAACAUGAUAAAUGCCCAAGACGUGAUAAACACCAGGUAAGGAGAAGCUGAAAAUGUCAAUUUAUAUGCUUCCAUUUCUUUUCAUGGAUUCAUAUAAUUUUUGCAAUAAACACUUGUGGUUAUUAUGAUAUUUUCAUGUUAUAAUCAAGUGAAAAUGAUUUACCACAGAACGGCUCCCAGACAUGUCAACUACUGAGUGAAAUGUGAAAAUGACCACUCUUCACUUCUGACUUUGCCUCUGGUAUAACUUCAUUUUCUAUUAAACUCAUCAAUUUUGACUGAAAUUUUGUAAGUUGUUUUUCAAAAGUGGAUCUUCAGUAACAACAACAGUGAUUACACCAAUGAUUUCCAGUUAAGGCUAAUUGCAUGAACCAUGUGAACACAGUAACUGCCUAAAUUGUGCUCUUGGUUGUGUCCAAUACAACAUGGUUCUACAUCUUACUAUAAUGUGAUGAAUCUCUGUACAUAUUGAUGUAUGUAUUUAUGUAUGAAUGAUCAUUGAAAUCAUCUGAUCUACGUUAAACUUGGUGUGUUGCUGGGGCCCAAGGAAGUGCAGUGGUGAAAUUGGCAAUCGCCAAUUAGGACUCGCAUUCUUAUGUUCCGUAUUAUUACAUUUUGAAUAAACAGUGCUCUAUAACGGCA